UGAUCCUUAGAAAACGGAAUUUGAGACACUGACGAGAGCUGUCUUGUACCGUGGUGUAUAAGCAGUACAAACAGUUGUGAUGACAAAGGAGGUAGAUUCUGAAAACAACAAUGAUUAGAUUGUUUUGUCGUAGCUUUAUUGACCGUCAUUAUGCAAUGACUAGGAUGAAUUGUUUAAAUCUUGUAUUUAAAUGAAUUUGCAAGCACCAUUGUUGUUCGGUCGAACGUUCGAUUACUGGAACCCACUGGUAAAUCUUACUAUUCCAUCAUUGGUGUAUCAACUUGCAUUCGUGAACCGAUAAAACUUCUGUGUUAAGAUCUAUUUAUAAAUAAUUUGUAAAAAUUACGUAAUCUACUGUCGAAGACAAGAUUCCGAGCAUAAUUCAGACCCACUAAUGAUAAAACCGAGACUUAUUGAAAACAAACUAAUGUACUUAAGACUGGCAUAUCUUGGCCUAAACAUAACUAUUUGUCUAACACUUUGUUAUUCUUAAUGUUUAAAUUUUAAAAAAUGAUAAAUAUAACUCUUUAUUCGUAAGUCUAAUAUCCAAGCUUUCGCCUGCCUUUUUAACACAAACCACCCUUGUUGAGUGAAGCCCUCAAUUUCCGGCGAUAUGCCUCGUUGAUUCUAUUCAAAUCUUUGGCGAAAUUUGAAACCACCUAGUGAUGAUGUAAACAGGGAGACCGACUUAAUGUUUAAAUCUGAAAGAGUCAUGAGCGCUUUAGAAGUUGUUAACUGUAGUGGCUGUAAGUUCCCGAUUAAAAAGGAUGCUCAUACAGCGUUGGGGCUAAAAUGGCAUCGGAAUUGUUUUAGAUGUUCAGAAUGCCUCAGCACUAUUCCGCUUCAUUAUAUGCCGCGAGAUAAUGUCCUGUAUUGCAAGAAAGAUUAUAUCCUGAAGUUUGGUGAACAUUGUCAAAGAUGUACAAAACAAAUCACUGGACCAGUCAUGGUAGCUGGAGAGCAAAAGUAUCAUACUGAAUGCUUCGUAUGUACAAAGUGUUUGAAGUUUAUUGGCUAUGGAGAUGAAUAUAUGUUAGUUGAAAGACACAACUUAUAUUGCAAUGAUUGUUAUAAGAACUCGAUAUUACCAGCAAUAAGUACGCCAGUCAGUAAACUAGGACGCUGUCAUACCAUCCAGCAUAUCAACCUGGCACCAACACCUGUUGGAAGACGUAAAUUUUCCGUUCUUAUCGAGAAGGCGAGCAGCAUCAAUAAACUGUUACAUUCUGCGAAUGCGGACUUUUCUCGAGAUGGUGAAAGACGAAGCUUCAUUGCAAUCGAAAAUGUUGACGCAAGCAGUGAGUUAAAAGCGAGAGGAGUUCAAAGCGGAGAUAAAGUACUUGAAGUCAAUGACAUCAUGGUUACUGAUGCCACUGUCGACAAGCUCUCUCAUAUCAUUUCAAACCCUCAACGAGUGCAGACUCUUACCAUCGAACGAAACACCGGCAAUCCGCCUCCGCCGUUGGAGUUGAAACCAACCAAACCAGAAAGUAUAAAAUCAUUAUUACCUCGAUCACCACUGGCAAAACAAGCUUCUCUGGAUCUCAUUGCCAGUCCAAAUUAUGACCAAAAGUUCAAGAAACAAAGUAUGCCCUGGGAAGAAAACGGUUUUAAGGAAGAUGCAAAUUCCACUGAUAGAAAAACUCGCAAGAAACCAGAACGAGCGAAUUCUUUACCUCGAAGUAAUUCAGUAGACACCAAUAAUGUGAUGAAAUGUAAUUCUCCUCUUCAUCGCUCACAGUCUAUGAAGAUGGAAGCAGGACAGGUAUUUCGUCUGUCAGAUCUUAUUGUUGGGGAGGUUAUUGGCAAAGGCUUCUUUGGCCAAGUCAGCAAGGUGAUUCAUCGUGGAACAGGAAAAGUCAUGGUCCUUAAGGAAUUGAUAAGAUGCGAUGUCACUGCUCAAAAACAGUUUAUUAAGGAGGUUACUUUGCUAAAAACUCUGGAUCAUCCAAAUGUCCUAAAGUUUAUCGGUAUUUUAUACAAGAACAAAGUACUGAGCUUUAUUGCAGAAUAUAUACCAGGAGGUACAUUGAGAGGAAUUUUGAAGGACCAGACACGUGACUUGUCCUGGUCUCAAAGAGUGAAAUUCGCUAAAGAUAUCGCGCUUGGGAUGGAUUAUCUUCAUAAAAUGAACGUCAUUCAUCGAGAUCUUAAAUCCAAAAAUUGUCUGGCCAGAAAAGAUGAGGGUAUGACAAUUGUUGUCGCAGAUUUUGGUCUGGCGGGAAUUCUGAGCAUCAAUGAAGAGCAUUCAAAUGGUCAGGAUCGGAAUAACAACGGAAAUAAAGGUUUACAUUCAAAUCUUUUAUCAACUCGUCCUCCGCCACCGAAGAAAAGAACAACUGUAGUUGGUUCACCUUACUGGAUGGCUCCUGAGAUGUUGAACGGAAACGCUUAUGAUGAACGUGUGGACGUCUUUUCAUUUGGAAUAAUCGUUUGUGAGAUUAUAAGUAGAGUAAAAGCAAGUCCAGAUUUUAUUCCUCGUACGAAAAAAUUUGGUUUGGACGAGCCUUCGUUUGAAGAGAAGUUUUGUGAGAGCUGUCCUAAACCAUUUUAUCAAAUUGCUUGUUUAUGUUGUGAUCUUGAUCCAACUUCAAGGCCAACUUUUUCUUCGCUCAGUCAUUGGCUCGAGGCUCUUUUAGUUCAUCUGGAGGUCGGUAUGCCUUUACCAAGUGACGUUUCAUAUUCACUGCUUCCAAGAAACCUGAAGUCUUCAGUCAUCACAGACGCGAAAGAGACUCAGCUAUCACGGUGAAAUAUUAUAUUAUUAUUUCAGUUAUUGUGUUAUGGGAAGAAAAGAAUACUUUAACUUUGUUAAAUACUGGUUCAUAACCAUAUCUGCCAUACAGUAGCGCCAGUAAAAACUGGGACAUUUUAAACUCUGUUAUACGUAUGUGUUAAUGAAUAGUAUUCGGACGGUAAGAACAUCAGAUAUCCUUCAUAUAUAUUAAUUUAAAUUGUACAUAUAUUUGUAUAUAUCUAAGACUAAUUAGCUGGCCAAUUCAA